GGAGAAUAAAACAGCCAAAGCAUCCAAGAUGAGCAUUGCCACCGACGCCCUGUUCAAUCAAGGUUGGGGUGACAUCUUGACCAACAUCUCUCCCUACGCUUGGGGUAGUUUGGGUAUUGCCGUGGGCCUUGGUUUCUCUGUGGUCGGCGCCGCUUGGGGGAUCUUCCUGACUGGGUCGUCACUGCUCGGGGCAUCCGUCAAGGCCCCUCGGAUCCGAACGAAGAAUUUGGUGUCGAUCAUUUUCUGUGAAGCGACCGCGAUCUACGGGGUCAUCAUUUCGAUCAUUUUACUCAACAAGAUGGACGUGCCAGCCGUGCGACUGCCGACGGACCCCGUCUUGAGCAUGGACCAAAUGUUCUUUGCAGGGUACGCCGUGUUUGGGUCGGGUCUGGCCGUCGGCUUGACCAACAUUGCGAGCGGGGUGUCUGUGGGUAUUGCCGGCAGCAGUUGCGCGCUCGCGGAUGCGCAGAACGCCGCUUUGUACGUGAAGAUUCUCAUUGUCGAGAUUUUCGCCAGUGCGUUGGGGAUUUUCGGCGUCAUCGUGGGCAUCAUUGUGUCGAACAACGCAGCCUUUCCCAAGUAGACGUGCCGCCCACCCGACAUUGCCACUACUUCUGAAAACGCACGCGCUGCAUGGCACAACGUCGCCGUGUGCUAAAUCGAUGAAUUGAAUGGCCUUUUACAUGUGUGCUA